AUUGGCAGGCACAUUGUAUCAAGAAAGCUUAGGGUGUAGACUCGCUCUUUUCAGUCUGUUCUCUGCUGUUCUCCGGCAGUAGUACGGCGUUCCAUACGUUUCUGGAACAUUCGUGGGUUUAAACGAGCCUAUCGUGGUAUAUCUUGCAGACACAUGUGCUAGAAAGUUCCCAGUUCACCGGCGGAUGAUUGGUUGGAUUGUGAAAGGAGGGUCUAUAAUUCUGCGUUCCGGCUUUAGCCGUAACAAUUCCUUGAGACUUCGUUCUGAGACGACGCCAGUGUGAUUAAAUUGUUGCGUUUCAGUGUGAUUGAAAAUGGCAGCGAUGUCUGUGAUAGGAAUUGACUUUGGAAACGAAUCUUGUUAUGUUGCUGUUGCAAGAGCUGGUGGAAUAGAAACUAUAGCAAACGACUAUAGUUUACGAGCUACUCCAUCAUGUAUUGCAUUCAGUGGCAAAAAUCGUAUUUUGGGUGUAGCUGCAAAAAAUCAAAUGGUUACCAAUAUGAAAAAUACCAUAUUUGGUUUCAAAAGAUUAUUGGGGAGGAAGUAUAACGACCCUUUUGUGCAGCAAGAACUGAAGUACUUACCAUAUAGAGUUGUUCAACAACCAAACAAUGAUAUAGGUAUUAAGGUUAAUUACCUAGAUGAGGAGCACAUUUUCACCCCUGAACAAAUUACUGCUAUGCUCUUCACGAAACUGAAGGAUACAUCUGAAACUGCUCUAAAGACUAAAGUUAAUGACUGUGUGAUAUCUGUUCCUUCUUAUUAUACAAAUGCAGAGCGUAAAGCUUUGCUUGAUGCAGCAUCAAUUGCUGGCCUUAAUGUUUUACGCUUAAUGAAUGAAACUACAGCAACUGCCCUUGCUUAUGGAAUUUACAAGCAGGAUUUGCCAACACCUGAAGAGAAACCAAGAAAUGUAGUGUUUGUUGAUUGUGGCCAUGCUUCAUUGCAGGUGUCUGCUUGUGCAUUCCACAAAGGCAAACUUAAGAUGCUUGCCAGUGCAUCAGAUCCACAUUUUGGUGGAAGAGACAUUGACCAGACCUUAGCCAACCACUUCAGCACUGAUUUUCAAAAUAGAUAUCGUAUUGAUCCUCGCUCCAAUAUGCGUGCUUUCCUUCGACUUUCAACAGAAGUUGAAAAACUUAAAAAACAGAUGUCUGCUAAUUCAACGAAACUUCCCAUGAAUAUUGAAUGCUUUAUGGAGGACUUAGAUGUUCAUGCAGACAUGAAGAGGACUGACAUGGAAGAAAUGUGUUCCCAUCUAUUUCAACGAGUAGAAAAAACCCUUAAAAGGUGUUUAGAGGAUUCAAAGCUCAAACUAGAAGAGAUUUAUGCUGUAGAAAUUGUUGGUGGUUCUAGCCGUAUACCUGCUAUAAAGCAUUUAAUUGAAGUUGUUUUCGGAAAGCAUCCAAGCACUACUCUUAAUCAGGAUGAAGCUGUUUCCAGGGGUUGUGCCCUACAGUGUGCUAUGCUUUCUCCAGCAAUUCGGGUUCGAGAAUUCAAUGUGACUGACAUUCAAAAUUAUCCCAUAAAAUUGGUGUGGGAUGCAACAAUGGGUGAAGACGGUGAAAUGGAAGUGUUUUCUCAAAAUCACCCGGUACCGUUUUCCAAAAUGCUCACUUUUUUCCGACGGGAACCGUUCUCCAUGAAGGCAUAUUAUUCAAGUUACAUUCCAUAUCCAGAUCCUUACAUUGGCCAGUUCAUUAUAAAGGAUGUAAAACCUACUCCUGAGGGGGAGAGUCAGAAGGUGAAAAUAAAAGUGCGGGUGAACAUUCAUGGCAUAUUAACAGUUAGUCAGGCAACUCUAAUGGAGAAGAAAGAACCUGGUGACCAGGAGAUGGAGGAGAGCCCAGAGGCCAUGGAGACAGAUCAGAAAGCAACUGGCAAUGGAGAGAGUUCAGCAGAGAGCCAACAGCAAAACGAAGGCCAACAACAGCAGAACCACAACAGUGCAGAGGAUGAACAACAAGUGCCUGAAAGUCAGAGUGGCAGUGAUAAAAAGGAUGGAACAAAAAAGAAAAAAUCAUCUGUAAAAGUCGUGGAGCUGCCUAUUGAGGCAUACACUCAUGGAUUCUCACAAGUGGAUCUUAAUAACUACAUUGAGCAAGAAUGUAAAAUGAUUGCAAAUGAUAAGCAAGAAAAGGAACGUAUUGAUGCUCGUAAUGCAUUAGAAGAAUAUGUUUAUGAAUUAAGAGGAAAACUAAGUGCUGAGGAAGAAUUAGCUACUUUUGUUAAUGAAAAUGAUCGAACUUCUCUUUGCCGACAACUUGAUAAUAUGGAAAAUUGGUUGUACGAGGAAGGUGAAGAUUGUCAGAGACAAGUAUAUGUUGACAAAUUGAAUUCUCUUAAGAGCCUUGGUGAACCGAUAAAGUCACGGCGAGUGGAGUACGAACAAAGAGAGGGAGUUCUCGAAGAAUUUAGCCUGUCCUUGCAAUUAACACAGAAAGCGGUAGACCAGUACCGAAAUGGGGAAGAGCGUUUUUCACAUAUACCUGACACUGAUAUGCAGCGUGUUCAACAGUCGGUUGAACAAAGUUACAAAUGGCUCGAAGAUCAAAGAUCCGUGUUAGCUGGCACGCCUCGAACACAAAACCCUCCUAUUACAUUGGCACAGAUUAGGCAAGAGAAGCAGAGCUUUGAGAGCACUGUGAAUCCUAUUCUCAAUAAGCCAAAACCAAAAGCAGAUCCUCCUCCACAGCAGAAUAAGGAUGGAGAAGAAAAAAACGGGCAAGGGGACGCAAGUCCGAAGACAAAUCAAGGAAACCCAGAUGAGAAAAUGGAUGUAGAAUAACUUAUUGUAAAAACUAUUAAUAAUUGAUAAUUCUGUUAGCCUAAAACCACUCCUGGAGAAAGAAACCCUAAGUAAACUGUUGGUGUGCAUGUGAUGGCCAUUCAUGAAUGAGGAAGUGAAUUUUUGAGGUGUGGACUAUCAUGAUAGUAAAGGAGAAACAUGAUUUCUGGUUUGCACGCUGAAUAAUAUUGCUAUGAAAAUAGUAAUUUCACUUGAGCUGAACUUAACUUUGACAAAAUUCGUAAUGCUCACAUUUAGGGUAGAAUGGUGUAUAUUUUUCAUUCCGAGGAAACUGCUUAUUGAAUAUGACUUGGAUAUUCAUUUUUGUUUUCCUUGUAAAAUUGCUUGUCCUGGAACAAGUUUAUAUAAAGUUUAUACAAGUUAACUGUUAGUGGAAGUCCUCAUUUUGGUUUAUUUUAAAGCAACAAUGCAAUUAUUGCUUAAAUCAAUUUUGUAAGAUUCCGCCGCAGUAUUAACAAUUCAUCUUGAAGCAAUGUUUUUACCAUUUACUGUAAAUUAUUGUUAAUGCAAAAUCAAUCGCUGUGAGGCACUCUGUUUUUGAGAUUUCAUAGUGUAAACAAUGAAUACUGAUUCACUUUUCCAAAAUCAUGUGUUGGAAUGUCGUCUCGUUAGUUAUUUAUCUAGCUUAAAUAAAGUGAAAUGAGGCCUCGAAUUUUUGUUUACUGAAUUGUUUGGUCUCAACUGUGAGGUAUGUGUAAUAUUGUAUAUAAGUAUUGAUGUGAUGUGAAGGAAAAAAACAACCCAUUCUGAAAAAUUUUGAGUGGGGUUGGUGGUUUUGUGAGGAGCUUGUACGAAAGUGUCAUUCCGUUGUCUCAAAGCUGGUGUGAGAUUUUGCUGCUUACAUUGCUUGGAGAAAAUAAUUGUAAGUUAGUUUAUGUAGUUAUAUAAUUUUGGCACAUUCUUGCAGAUAAUUGUUGAUAGUCUCACUGCCACCAAUAGUUCUGGUGUAUCACUCAAUUGACUUAGAUACACCCAAUGCCUUACUUUGCAUUCUGUUGCAUUUUUCUUUUAUUAAUAAAAAUUGCUGUAGAUUUUGCAAUGAACUGUUGGCACAGUACUAAUACUUAUAUGCAGAAACAUUUUGAGGAAGGAGCAGAUCAUACCAUCAUAGAAAAUCUACGCUUGUGCAUUUAUUGUUAUCUGGUUCCAAACUAAACUGUUUAGUGUAAAAAUUCUGAAAUUGAGAACAAAAGUUACUUAUCUGACUUUUUCAGUGUUUAACUUCAAUGCAUUGUUUGUUCCUAAUUGUGUAGAGAUGUUUCAAAGUACCAGCUCUGUAAAAGUUCUCUUCAUUCUCUGUCUUAAGUUAUUGUGUUUUAUUUGUACGUACAUUUUUUGUGAAACAAAACAAUUUUUCCCGAGAAUGUUUUUUAAUCAAUGUAUUAAAGACCUGCUGUUACCUGAAAUGCCUCAACCAACAAGGAAUGACAAUGAAAGUUCCGAAGAAAGCCAAUUGAUAACUUUGCCAUUUAGGUCAAGUCCCAAUUACAUCAAGAGACAAAAUUGUUUUUUCAGGUGUGAUAGUUUCAUGAUAUUCUUAUAAGAGAUUUGUUUGUUAUUGCAGAGUUAAUUUCUUUGAAGACUGGGAAAGUAGAAAAUUAUUACGUCAGCUUUUCAAUUUUGAUUUUCAAUGGAAUAGAAUACGUUACGUAUUAGGUAAUGCCAAAUUUGUAGUAGAAUAUAUUUCGUUAAUCUGUUUGAAGUGUUUCAUCUCUGAAAUCUCUCCAAUGAAAAAUUUGCAGAGUAAAAAUUAGUAACUCCUUGGAUAUGAUAAUUAAAUUUUAAGACUUUAAAGCUUUUGUUAGAGAUGAUUUUUGAUUGGUUCAACAAUUUAGCAAAUUAGUUAAUUUGUUUUCGGAUCUGCAGGGGGUGUACUAAAUAUGUUGCAUUGGUGUGAAUAUUCUUCUCAAUUUUCACAAAUUUCAUAAGUAUGUUAAGAUGGGAUAAUGUUCAGUUAGAUGGUUUGAAAAACUUAUGAAAAUCCUAGUCAUGAAUGAAUUGUAGGACUGAGGAAACUGCAUGUUUAAGUUUCAAAUGUUCAGAGCUUUUCCAAAUUGAAUACUUUAUACUGACGGUGUCACAUACUUGUGUGUUCAUUUGUUACUAUUGUAUAUUUUUUUUAAAUCUGUGGAUCUAAUUGCAAUGAAAUUAAUCAUAAAUAUCUUUCCAAAUUUGCAAAAGAUGUUAAAUUAUUGUUCACAGAUUCAAGAAUUCUUUAGAAAGUUCAACAAAUGUGUGGGCAGUGACACUGCUCUGUAAAUAGGUUCCAAAGUAUAGCUUUUGAGCUUAAAAUGCUGCUCAUUAAGGCCAUAUUUUUUGUUGGUAGACCAAAGAAGGAAAUAACAAAAUAGUUCUAAAGGCCAAUGGCUUCUUAAGGAUUUUUUAAGUUUGUGGUUGAAGGUAGUUAUUCCAACAGAUCCUUAGACACCACGCAUUGAAUAAUUGUGCAAAUUUGAUGGGAAAGUAGAUCAGGGGCCUAUCUGUGAACACAUGUGCCCCUCACCUUUUUUUUAUUUUUUAUCUUCUGACCCUAGUCUCCCACCCUUCCUCUUCUCAUUUGUAUGUGCAUGAAAUAACGAUUCGGUUUAUGAAUUCUUGCGCUGUCUCCAAAAAUAUAAUUUUACGUAUAUUAGUUACAUUAAAUACAUUUUAAGUUACGAAAUAUGUUAUGCAUAUUUUCCGAUCAUGGGGGCCCCAAGAACUGCUUAUUUUGCUUGUAAGUAAACGGACCCUGAAAGCUAAUCAAUUUGAAAAUAUUCAUUUUUCAUCUUCCCCCCACACCACCCUACCCUCAUGCCCCUUAUUCAUUUGACUUGUAAAACCCUCGAAUGUGAUAAUCUUUUAUGGCAAUUAAUUCUCCAGUAGUAGGGGCCAUCCUGUUGCAUAUUUUGUAUGGCAGAAUAUCAAUGCUAGUGAACAUUUUUGUAAAGUAAUAUGGGGAAAAAUGUCAGUAUAAAUACUGGAAGUCUGAUAAUUACGAAGAAUCCAGACAGUGAAUAGCAUAUUUUUCUUUCACUUUUCCUUAUGCUGCGUGUGUUGUCAGCUAUAUAAUUGAGUACCUGCUUCAAAGAAGGUCUAAAAUUCAAUCUGGCGAUUGUUGAUUAAAAGUAGUCGUGUAUUCGCAGGAAUCGUUAAGUAGUUCGUAUCGUUGGUUUUCCAGUGUGAUUGCGAGUGGAGGCAUAAAAAGCCGCUGUGCUGUUUGGUUAAUAGUAGCUAGCGCAAUAAAUAGUAUUAAAUUAUAUCCGUUGGACUCUGCACCGGAGAUAAAUCUUUAUCGGUUGGUUCAGAUUCGGUUGUGCGAAUGGCUUAUGCAACACCCGUUGCAAGGGUUCAGGAGGAGUGCGUUUCGUAUGGUAACGUACAAAUGUAUUGGGAGAUAAUAUUUCUUUUUAAAGUUGUAUGUGUUCGAACAUACGGUAUGAUAUGUAACAGAAACUAGAUUGUUCGUUACAAACAAAAGUUGAUGUAAUUCGAGAUUUGCGAAGAAUUGGCGUAUUGCCAGACAUCGAAACAGGUUGCGAGAACAAAUGGUGAUAUAUUUGUAUCGUGGACCCACGCCAAUUGAGUUCGAAACUCGCAGCUAUACACAUGAUGCUUAAAAAUUGAAGUAUUCAAAUGAUGUAUUCCUACAAAUUGGAAAGAGUCCGGUGUCCCUUAUGUGUAUUGUCACUGAUUUACAAUACGAGAAAGAUUACCUAACUUUUUACUGUGCCUUAUACAGAUGUAUUUACGUAGUGUAGGGUAAGUAAUGUAAUGCUGCGGUGAAUUCGUAUUUCAGCGGGAAUACACAUAUCGGGGUCCCCUGAUAUCGUUGGUUUUUUUCUUUUCUUCUUCAAAACAUCCGUCAUAUUGGAGUACAGCCAAAUGGUCCUACUUUCAGACCCGGCGGAUGAUGGGUGGGUAGGUAUACCCCCACGAAAAAUUCCGUUUUAAUUUUUAAAUUUGUUGCGUCUGCACAGACGCAACGCGUCUCCUAACUCCUUAAGUAGCGUUGUGCACACCGUGGAGUAAUCCUCCGUUAUUACGAAAUUAACGAAGAUUCUCGGUAUUGCCUCGACUCAAAACGUAAUGUGAGAUCAAUUAUGUUACAAAAUCGGCUCAAUAAUAUUGCGAUUUUACAUGUUUGUAGCGACUUGACCGACAAAAUCAACUUUCAAGGAUUGUUAAACGAGUUGACUUAAAACAUACAAAGAACAGCGCUGUUUUUGCAUUGCAGAAAUUAACUGCUGGAGUUACAUAAAAUAAUUGACAAUGAAAAACAUUGCUUUGUAAUUUUCCCGUCAUGCUCAUUUUCGUUAAGGGAACCCACGUGGGUCAUCGUCGGCCCUACCUUUAUAAACUUUACAAAGAACCCUAGUGCAUUUUUUAGUCGUGCCAGGCCUAUUCUGAAGACCUCUUGAUAGAUCAAAGAUAAAAAUGUGUUUGUCUGCGGUACAGGUUUUUAACAGGCACUAAGUUAAAAUUAAUUCAUGCAGUAUGCCCUCGCAAGCUUGUGCGUUUUCAAAAAGGAAAGAGCCUACUAAGUGAAAAAAAAAAAUCGAAUAUGUUGUAUUUUGGUCGUAGCCAUAAUAGUGCGAAAGACAUUUAGGGAGUGCUGCAGAGAGUGUAUGUGUGUGAAUGUGCCUUACAAACAUCGUGAAGUGGCUUUAGUGUGUGACUGAUUUUGAGUUUAUACCUUGUCCAGUCGGUUUUUAUUUUAAGGUCAAAAGACUGCUUCGAAAUAUAGACCAGCACAUUUUCUGAAGAAUGAUUUAUUGUAACCAUCCGAGUCAGCAAUAACUACAGAGAAAUUAAGGUUAAAAUUUGGCACAGAAUUAUCCACUAUUUGGAGAGACAUAAUGGCAAUUGUGAUUUCUCCCUGAAGUGUACGGGACAAAUUAAGUGACACGUUGACAUACAUAAUGUUUAUUUAAAAGUAGCUCACCACGUUCUGCCAUAUAGAAACUCAUUUUUCAUGAACAGAUUACCCAAAAUCUUUGGUUGAACUUCCACAGUCUCAAGUUAGCAAUUUGGCAGGAGCUCACUCAUAUGGACCAUUUGUUUUCAAUGGUUUUCCCACUGGUUCCGGUGGGGAAAUCAAUAGCGUCAUAUCAGUCGAAGUUGUCCGCCACAAAAGCGUCUCCAUAGAAAGCUUCUGUGCCCGUUGUUGGUGGUAUGUGGGCGCUCCAAUCAGGAUGGCGCAGCAUGUACUUCGAAUCCUUGUCAAACAUGUUCAUGCUAUCGUCGGAAUUGUGAGGAUAAGGGAAAAUGUCUGCUGACUUGUCUUCUCGCCUGUCAUCUCAUCGCGAGAAGACUUCUAACCAGUGGGUUAGCAGCCCCCAAAUCUUUGUCAGACUUAUUUAAUUUCUCCUUGAUGUUAAAAUAAAAUAUACGAAAUAUUACAUUCAAUUGCAUGACCAAUAUAGCCCACUACUUGUGCGUGUGUAACUUCCGCCGUGUUUUGCUGCGUUUCCAUUUCCCGCCCUGGGACUGCCAGUCCCCGCUGAUUGCAGCGAAGUAUGAGUAUAGUUGAUUUCGCUUCCCUCGCUGUUUAUGUGUCUCAAUAUUGGGUAUCUAAAGGCUACAGAAAAGUGUGUACCUCCGUUUUGCGCAAUGUUUACAUGCUUUUGUAAGCUCUGGCGGACGUAUGGCAUGAUUGAGGUGUUGUAUAUUGUAUUUUCCUGUUUGUUUUUAGCUAUCUCGCUAUGGAGUAGAAAAAAAGUUAUGUAAUGCUGCGCAAAAUAACGGCGAAUUUUCGGCAGAGAAACUUAUUGCAGGACCCUAGUAACGAAAACGUGGAUAAAUCUAGUUGCUACAUUUAGAUAUAAAAAUCCUCUAACACAUGGUGUAGCCAGAAUCGUUGUUUUGUGGGUCCUUGAAACCGAACAACCAAAUGGCGGCAAAACGUAUCUGCCCGUUUGUCCGUUUGUGAACAUGCUAGGGUCUAAACCGAUCAGCCGAUGUUCUCCAAAAUCGAUAUUCCCCAAUCGAUCUUGUUGAUUGGCCCUUGAGUUUUAAACCGAUAUUUUAAUUUUUGGCAGUACUUCGAAUGACGCCCCUGGGACAUUCUCAAUAUUUUUUUAUGGCGCCAUAGUUUUUGGUUAAAUUUCAUUAUUGGAUAGUGGAAGGGCGUUUAAGAGAAUGGUGCUGGUCUCAUUUCCGUCGACAAGCAUAAUUUUUCGAAAAAUGUAAAAGUUCAAAUUUUUUCGGAGUCUUCCUAAAACUAAAAUAUUGAGGACAGAAAUUUUUCCUGAAAUGUGUUCCUUAAAGAUAUAUUUUCAAAUAAGGUCAUGUACAAUAUUUGAAAAAUCUGAGUAUUUUUCACGUAAUUGUGCGUGAAAGUACGUACUGUUUUAGCACCACUAGUUCCUGUUUAGAAUGGAUACGAAUAGUAAUUCUAUUCAAUAUUUUAAAACUGUGAAAUUUAGAAUCUUAACUCUUCAAGAAGUGCUAUAUAAAUGCUAGCGGUAGACCUAUGCCGGUACUGAACAUAUCGCAAUUUAUUUUCUAUUUUUGCAUGGAGUCCCCCCUCCCCCAUUAAUUAAAGGUACCAGCCGCCAUUGCCUCUAACGGAUGGACUGGGAAGACUUGCGUGAUCUGGGUCUUUUGCUAUGUUCACAUACACUCUCGUUAUUACCCCAAGCUCAAAUUUCUCUACCCUAAUGCGUGUUGGAGCAAUUUUUUUCGACAGCUUUAUCGUCUAUCUGCCUCUAGGACAUUUUCUACUGUGAAGGUAGGCAAAUAAGAUACUGCGUAUCAUUAACAGUAUUGUAAUGACGUAAAAUAUAAAAGUGAAUAAAAUAAGUAAAUUUAAAUAAUGAACAAAAUAAAGUAAAUACAUAUCAAUACUUAUAUACAAUAUUACAUAUACCCCACUGCUGAGAACAAACGAUUCAGUAAACAAAAAUUCGAGGUCUUAUUUCAUUUCACGAGAUAUAUAACUAAUUAUAUAGCAUUUCAGCACAUUUUUUGAACCAGUGAAUUAAAAAAGGAGGCGAGAGUACCCCACAGACAUUGAUUUUACAUUAACAAUAAUGUUAUAGCAUACAAUUCAGUAUAUUUCACAUGGCUUUCAAACUAUUAAUUGCCCUUUCCGCAUAAAUACACAUUCGUGGUUUUGGCAUAGGGAAGAAGUAUGGUAAUGAUAAAACAUUGGUUCAAGGUGAAUAGCUCAUUCUGCAUCGGAAUCUGACAAAAUUGAUAUAAGCAAUAAGUGCAUUGUUGCUUUAAAGUGAACAAAAAUGAGGACUUUCACUAACUUAACUUAUAUAAACGUGUUUCAGGAAACCAAUUGUACAAGGAAAGAAAAACAUGCCAUUCCACCCUAAAUGUGAGCAUUACAAAUUUUGUCAAAGUUAUGUUCAUCUCAACUAAAAUAACUAUUUUCAAAAAAUGUACAUGAUAUGCAUUAAAGAAUUAUUUUCAUAUUAUUCAGCAAGAAAUCCAGAAAAAAAGUUUCUCCUUUAUUACCAUCUUGAUAGUCCACGCCACAAAAGUUCACUUGCUCAUUCAUCAAUGGCCGUGCACACUAAUAAUCAGUAAAGACGAAAGCCGCGCCGGAAUUCAUCUCUCCCCUCAGCCAGGGCGGCAGCAGUUUCGGACCAUACUCUGGGCAGCAGAGGCGGCCGUCUUCAACCUUGGAAAAAAUACCAAGUCUUAGGACUCGGAGUCAGCGACGGCCAUUCACGCCACUGCCCGCUGUUGCCAGCGUGUCGUUGUCAAAGCAAUGUGUUCUUUUGAGAGCAAUUAUAUACAUACAUUAUACAGUUGUAAAUUAUGUCUCAAUGAGUAGGUAGGUAUACGAUCCUUAACCAAUUUAACCAGACAAAUGGUUUGCUGCGCGAUCAUUGCCAAUAGUGAUUUCAGUAACAAUUACGAAUAAUUAAUUGUUGGUUGUAUGAGUUUCUUCACUUCAGAGGAAAGGUUACGCGAGCUGCCCAGGGGAUUUUUUAACAACAUCGCCUCGAGCGUAUAAAAUUUUGUAGUAAUGUAACUGCAGUGACAGUGCGGAAAUUGGUUGAAUAUUUUGUUUAUUUCAAAUACUAAAUAUGUUUAUAUCUUUUGAAUCUUACGCGAUAGAAACUUUUUAUAAUUUUCGAAAUCACCG